AUGGAAGCAGAGCUACCUAAGCGAGUGUAUGCAGAGGGCAUGGAACCUCAGGUGAAGAAGAUCAACAACUGCUGCCGCAUGCAACUCAUCAGGGAUCUGAAGAAAGCUAUGUCUGCGGAGUAUGAUGAUGUGAAGAGAGAUCCUCUUUUCACACACAUCAUGGCUAUUGCGGAAAAUAAGCUUCAGUUCUCGGGGAAACUGGUGGAUAGCUUCUUAUGCAGGCAGCUGAUUACCUCAAAGAAGCAUGAGAAGUGGUUUGUAUUUGGGAGGACGCCUCUCCGGUUUUCGCUUCAGGAGUACCACGCUGUGACAGGCCUAAAGAUUUCUCGGGAAGAUAGCACAGGCGUAGUUACUUUUAAACCCGACGGGGGGUUUUGGAGUGAGCUAGUAAGGAGAGGUGGUAAGAUAAGCUUGCAGUCGAUCAAGAAGGAACAUCUUCAACAAGUGAACACCUGGACCCGAGUUGAUAGGAUCCGUUUGAUCUACUUGUGCGUGAUAAUGGGAGUGGUGAUGGGGCGUAAUGAGAAGGUGAACAUCCCUCAUAUGUAUAUUAAGUUGGUGAUGGAUCUUGACAAGCUUCGGAAGUUCCAUUGGGGUCUUCACUCCUAUGACUUUCUGCUCAGUUCCAUUGAGAAGGCUAGGAAGAGGUUGGGUAAGAAGGGCAGCUACAUUUUCGAGGGUUUCUCAUAUGCUAUCCAGAUUUGGCUUAUGGAAGCAAUUCCGGAUUUUGGAGAAAUAUGGGGCAAGAGAGUCUCAGACAGCUUCAGAGGUCCAAUGUGUGGCAAUUGGAAAGGAGUUGCAAAAGUUUCUUAUCAUGACGUCACAAAACUUGAAGACUCUUUUACUGACAAGAGUGUCUUGUUCUCCGUCAUCUCAGCGAGUGGUAAUGAUGUCUUGCUCGAUCAAAUCUACAGAAGGAAGGGUGAGAUGGAAGAUGAACGAGUCGACCUUAUCCUGGAGAGGAUAAGGACAAAGUUUGAUUGGAGCAACACAGACUGGGAAGUUAUAGAAGCCGAAGACACUGUAAUGGAGGAAGCUGUGAGGGAUGAUAUUCAUGCAGAAGCUGCUAAUAUGGGCGAGGAUACUGCAGUUGUAGCAGACGAGGAGACCUCUUCGGUUGAGGUUACAGGAAAAGGCAAGAGAAAGGUUCAUGACGAAGGAGCGGAGACAAGAAAGAAGUUGUUGCUGUGUAAGCGAGCAGCUGAGAAAAAACAGAGUGUUGAUCGCGAGAUUAAAAGUUUCAUUGAGGGUCUCAUCAGUACAUCUGUCACGUCCUUGGGGGAGAGGCUCAGCGCAAAAAUGGAAAAUAUGGAGUCGAUGUUUACGGAGAGGAUGGGUAAGAUGGAGAGCGAGGUGUCACAGCUCAGGUCUGCAAUCAGGUUGAGUGCAGAAGGGAGUGAUCCUAGCAUGAGCGAAGCUGAAGAAGAUGUUGUAAAGAACAAAGGUGAUCAGGCUGCGUCUAAGAACACAGCCGCUGAAGCUCCAUCUAAGAGCAAAGGCGCUCAGGCUCCAUCUAAGAGCAAAGGCGCUCAAGCUGCUUCUAAGACCAAAGACAACCAACCUCCACCAAAAAGCAAAGGCGGCCGAGCUUCACCAAAAAGCAAAGACACUCAAGCUGCACCAAAAAAGGCUGGGGAAAAGAUUGCUCUUGAAACUAAUGAUUUUGAUUUUGGAUUGAAUACACAAGACUUGGGGGACCUCUCCCAAUCUACUUUUGUUGAUGGUUUUGAUCUUUCUCAAGCUAAGGUUGAAAAGUCUAGUCAAGCAAGAGCGUUGGACAAGUCCAUACCGCACUUAGUUGACGAGACAAGAGGUACGGCCGCGGAAACAGCCCCAGAUGCGGCAUUGGUGUUUCUCGGCGAAGAAGAUUGGGCAAAAGUAACAAAGUGGUCAACUUCCCCCACACCAAUACGUUGUGGACCUACUAUUUUAGAUACUGACGUUGUUAACCGUCUUAUGGAUCCAUUAGAGUGGCUGAAUAAUUGGGAGAUUGACGCCGCCAUGUUCGUAUUCCGGGAGAGAACAUCUCUCAAUCGAUGGAAACCGUUUCGAGUAGCUUUCAUGACGACGGUCUUCAGCAAUAUGAUUAAAAAAGAGUACAGUCUUAUCAGAGGGGGUAGGAGGAAAUACACUCUUCACAAUUUGCUAGUUGAGUACGGCAAAGGGGUGCUUCCACCACGUGGUGCUACACAUGAGAUAUGGAAUGUAGAUGUGGAUCGAAUGUAUGUCCCUGUUCACGUUAGUGGGAAUCAUUGGAUCGCCUUGUGCAUCUCUUUCGCGACCCGUAGUAUUGAUGUCUUCGACUGCUCGGAUAGAAAGCAUUACACCGAGGUGGAGGCUUUCGCAAUUAUGAUUCCUCGUAUUGUCAAGGCAGUACAGCCGGCAAAUCAUCAGAAGGAUUUCCUUGUUGGUGCAUAUACUGUUCAGUAUGUGAAAAUGGGUUCACUGAAUAAAAGUGCAUGUGAUUGUGGUGUUUAUGCAGUGAAGUUCAUCGAGUGCCAUGCGCUUGGAUUGGAGUUGUCUUUGCUGAAUGAUGAUAAUAUCAAAGAAGCUCGACACAGACUGUUGUGGGAUCUUUGGGAAGCAGCUAAUGGCCAGGAACUUGUUGAGAGGAUGUCAAAGUAUGAACCUCCUGCUUGUCUUUCUUCGAGCUACCAAGAGAUUCUGUGA